CGAUCGAUAUUACGACAUCCCUAUAUGUGGCCAUUCAAAACCAAAACAUUGUAUAACCGGAAUGCGGACUUAUUACUCGAAUUAAUUUUUGAAUAAGUUUGAUUAUACAGGUUUUCGAAAAUGUUGGGCCGUUAUACCGUGCGAGCCAUUUCCAAUAUUACUCGGAAGUAUAGCAACAUUUCUCUGCGAGAUAACCCGACGUUAUGUUCUCGAGUGGCAAUUGUCAAUUUAAAUCGGUCACUAGACGAGGCCAACAGUUUAAAGGCACCGUGCAAACUACGGUUUUUACCACGAGAGAUUUCACUUGACAUUGGACGUGCUCCAACUGUGAAUCCACUGCUUCCACUAAAUGAAAUUACGGAUGUGCCACGAAUUCGGUGGAUAAUCGAGAAUCCGAACCAGUCCCGUAUUGCUGAGAUCGAGGAUAAUGCGAAAGUUAUUCCUAAUAUGGAGUUGCCAACUAACAACAAACCAGUGGAUGAUAAUGGAAUUCAAGCUGCCAGAUUAAUCGUUAUCCGUCGAAGAAAGAUGCGAAAACAUAAACUGAAAAAGCUUCGCAAGAAGAUGAAAUUCGAAUGGGCGAAGGUUCGUCAACGCAGGGAGUUACGCAAGGAAAAGACGUUCCAAGCAGAACUGAUUGGUCAAAUCAAGGAAGCGGAAAAGUUUUCAGCCGAGGCUUAUGUUGCAAACAAACUGCGACAGGCGACAGAAACACCGAUUCCCCGUUUCUGGAAAGGCAAGCGACUACCACAAUUCAUCAUUAAGCAAAAAAUGGGAAUUAAGUAAGACGUUCAAAAUAUCUCGAGCAACAUGUGGAAUAAACAAUUUGUUAGUCGUAAAUUAUAAAA